AUGUCAAUCAACUUGGGCUACAGACCGACCGUGGAGGACAUUUGCAAGCUGCACCCGGACCUGGAGAAUCUGGUGAAGGACGUCGACCGCCGCUUCGCCGCGGAAGCGCAAAAGCUCAACAAGGUCAAGGAACUGUACCAGGAAGUGACCUCGCUCAACGCGGGCUCUCGCGGGCAACUAGACCUCAAGGCCGCAGACUCUCAGCAUGUUCGAAGAGUGACGCGAGGACCGGAAGACACGAUGGAAAUUAUAGACAGCAGCUUGGUGCGCCUCCAGAGGAUUGUGGACUGCCUUCAAAACGACUUUGACAGGCUCGAUAAUGGAAUGCUCGUGAGCACGCAGGUCGAGCACUUGGAGUACCUCGACGAUCUCCAACUCAAGACCGAGCUCCUGGAGUCGAGAGUGCAAGAAGCAAAGGAUAGACUACGCCUCGCCAGCUUCGACGAAUCCAGACUCAUACAGUGGGCAUGCGACCAAGUGAGGGCCCAUGAGACCAGAAUCAACGGUCUGCACUAA